UCCCGCGAACUUGUUGGCGCAAGCUCAGACACCAAUCUCGCGGGGUGACGGAAGCAAACAGUUUUCAAGAUGUCAGCCGUCAGCACAGCCAAACCUAAGAAAGUUGAUCCACUUUCUAAGAAAACACCUGAAAACCCAAAAUAUGCACAUAUCAAGUCCACACUUGAUACAGGUUCCAGCGUCACAAAGUACUUGAACAAAAUAGAAGACAUUAAAAAAAAUUACAGGUAUAAGGUAGAUGAAGUGUUCAAACGAAUGAAAAUCACAACUUUUGUGCAACUUAUUGUACAAGUAGCAGAAUAUGAUGCUAGGAACAGCACCCAGUCGAUGAUGGGAAAUGGAGACUACACUGAACGCCCUGACACUGCGGAUUUGGAAGUUCAGCACAUACAAAGAGGAAGUCCUGGCCCCUCACCGGCCGUCACAGAGGGUGACCACGGGGAAGGGCUUAGAACAGGGGCCAGGUCAACACUGCAAGGGGGCUAUGACAACCUUUUCUUAUUAUCAGGAGGAAUGAGGAUAGCGUACCGAUUUUUCCCUGAGGGCCUGCUGACAGGAACACCAAACCAGAACAUCACAGACAGCAGUAAACCUCCUAAAACCAAGGAAAAGGCCUCCCAGAAGUCAUUCAAUACCUUCGAUCUUGAGAAACUUCACAGCCAGCUUGACAGGGAGCUUUCAGACAGGAGUGUUGGAAGUCGACUAUCCAAUGCCAGCACAGUGUCCAGUCGGAUGGGUCAGACCAGUACGUCACGAUUUAGUAAUGCCUCAGGGUCCGUCUCUGGACGUCCACCCUUUAAGCCGUGCUAGUUACCUCAACAAUAUUUAAAGGUAAAUUUCAUUCGAGAGGAAGUUAGACAACUCCAUUUCAAAGCUGAGACCGUCUGAAAGAAAGUUGUCCUUCUUUGAUCAUUGAUCAAAACCAGACUAUCACAAUUAUGUUAUGAUAAACUUUUUACAAAAAUGAAGUCAAGGAGUUCAAAUGUGUUCUGUCUGAUGAGUGACCUGAUAUUCUAUUAGUUUUGUCCUGUAAGUUGCACGCUGAGCCUCCGUGAAACCUGUAUAUAUAUACCGUAUGAUUGGUGCAAUAGUAAUACAAUCACCUGGAGCAAACAUCUUAAUGCAAUCAUAGUAAUUUUUGGUGGUAUAUUUUUUUGUCAACAAAAUUGUGUAUUCAUCAAAAUUCAGGUAUGGAUCCAGAUCUUUUUCCAGGGAGGAUACGAUCUACUAUGUCGGUAUAACAUUCAGUAUUUUACAACUGAACACCCCACCUCCUUGGUUCCAUACUUGAAUUAUUGGGAUAGACACUUAAUUUGUAUGUAUAAGAUUUGUCUGACUGUCCAUGAUUUGUUUUGUAGGCAAAAGCUUAUGUUACAAAAUGUAUAAAUCCAUUGUAUUGGUAGAUUAGCACAUUUUAUGCACUAUUUCUCAGAAAUCCGUCCAUACACAUCAAAAUUUCCUAGGACUUUUCGUUGUGAGAGAUAGAUGUCUUCUUACUGACUGAAGAUAUUGUGAAAGAAUUGAAUGUCAGAAUGGCAUUAUUUAUUUUUAUGAAUAAAAGAGAAGUCCAUGCUUACAAAA